AUGGAAAUGGAAGUGGGAAAGUUGUUUGUUGGUGGGAUUUCAUGGGAGACAAACGAGGAGCGUCUCGUUGAAUAUUUCCAAGCUUUUGGCGAAGUUUUGGAAGCUGUGAUUAUGAGGGACCGAGCUACGGGCAGGGCUCGUGGUUUUGGUUUUGUGGUCUUUGCAGAUGCUUCUGUUGCUGAAAGAGUUGUUAGGGAAAGGCACGUCAUUGAUGGCAGAACCGUGGAAGCAAAGAAAGCCGUUCCUAGAGAAGACCAUCAAACCCCCAACCGAAACAUGCCCGGACCCCAAAGCCCGGCUCGAACCAAGAAAAUUUUCGUCGGGGGCCUCCCGUCAACAAUCACCGAAAGUGACUUCAAGAAAUAUUUCGGCCAAUUCGGUACAAUAACCGAUGUUGUUGUGAUGUACGACCACAACACGCAAAGGCCCAGAGGCUUCGGUUUCAUAACGUACGAUUCGGAGGAACCGGUGGAUCGAGUCUUGGUGAAAACAUUUCACGAGCUCAACGGUAAAAUGGUCGAGGUCAAGCGGGCCGUCCCGAAAGAGCUUUCCCCUGGUGGGCCUGCACGGAGCCCGUCGAGCUACAGCCCGAACCGGGCAGGCGGGCUUUUCAACUGUUAUUCUCCAGGCUACAGUGGUUUGAAUUCAUCGGGUGGGUACGGGAUGAGAAUGGAUGGCCGUUUUAACACGAUCGGUCGAGUCGGGUAUCCACCGUACAGCCCUGGAAAUCAUAGCGUGGGAUCGAAUUUGGAGACUGGAUGGGGGUUGUUAAAUUCUGGUUUGGGGUAUAGAAACGGGAUGGAGUACUCGUAUUUCGGUGGGAAUUCGGGUAAAAAUGGUUCCUUUUUGAACGAUCGUGAAGCGUAUAUUGCAAACUCUGGAAGUUCGAAUGGUUUGUUAGCUGCUGGUGGUGGAUUAAGAAAUAUAGGAGAAAAUUGGGCUGGAAUAGGAUCAUCCCCUGUUUCGGCUAAUGCUAGGGAAGGUAUCAUCUAUGGUGGUGUGCAGGAUAACUACGGUGGGAUGGCAGGUUAUGCGAGGGACAAUAGAGGUGUUUCUGAUUCAGAAUCGUUUUUUUCCGGCACUGAUAUUGUGCGUGACGAGGGAUUUAAUUCCUUUUAUUCGGAUAAUGCUUGGCAUUCGUUGCUUGAGGGGCCCGCUGAUGUGGCACCAAACAAUCCAGUUGGUUAUGUUGGGGAUUAUCGUGUUACUAGCUCUAAUCGAGGGAUUGCUGCAUAG